AUGUCGACUACUACUACCACUCAGACCAUCUCUUUGCUCGCCGACUACGAAGUCCACCACAGUGGCAGCGAUGCUGUGAACGAACGUGAAACACCGCCACAGUCUGUCGAAUGGCCGACACACCAUCGUCGUAUACCAGCGUAUCGUCCUACAAAUCGCAACUUGUCAUUCGAGGAGAGACCUGGUGGAAGCAAUCCGGGGGAGAUGGUGUUUAUCCAAGUGAUGCUGCAUGGGGUCUGGUUGAAUGCGGCAGUCUCUAGGCUUUGGAGAUUCACCGGCGGCAGAGUCAAUGACAAGAUAUUUCAUUAUGAUGUUGGAGGAGAGUGGUAG